AUGACCUGGUGGUAUGCCCCGUUCGCGGCAGUGACCGUGCGGCUCAUCAAACUCUCGGACACAGGUCUUCCCAAGUACCCAUAUACAUGGUCUCGCUGCAUGCUUGAGGCCCCCCCCGCUACUUGCGCCCCUACCCCCACCACUCCUCCGCUCACGGCUGCGCCUCAUCUCAUACCGCAUACAUUCACACGUCGCGUACAGGGUGCGAGUGCCCAGAUGUCCGAUCUUCAGCCUACCCCCGACGAUGCCUUACUACGCCCUCAAGUCACGCGAUGGAGGGCCGACGGGCUUAUCGGCAUCGACCAGAGAAAUGCCGAUGAACAGAAUGGCGACCUGAAGGGAUCGAGUGCGAACGGAAUGAGCGCCUGUGAACAGAGUGCCGAUGGACACAGCAAUAUGGAAUCCAGAGCCUGGAGCCGGUGGGACUGGUUGUUUGCCCGUUUCCAAGGCACUUUACCCCUGACCCUCUCCGCUCGCAUCCCGCUCGAGGUCUUCAGGCUCGUCAUCGAGAAGAUGGAUCGUACCGAAUUGAUCGUCGCGGCUCUGGUCUGCACAGCAUGGCACUCUCGAGCGAUGCACAACCUCUACCAUACCGUCGAGAUUCGCAGCCGCACAAGCUACAACCUGCUGUUCAAGCAGUGUUACCCAUCACCACGCGUCAAACAGUGGCUUGCGAGCACAUACAAGCUGGUGGUAUAUGAGGGUGACGAUGAUGUCGAUAAUGGCCUUCGCUUCCUUCAAGCACUACCGUCCGCGCUCGCCAGUCUGACGCCUCGUGUACGCACCGUUCACAUCAGGCUCGGGAGACUUCGUUUCAUCCGCAUAGAUUUCUUCCUCGCCCUGUCGAGGUUCAAGUCUGUCAACUCGUUGACGCUUCAGGAGUGCCAUCUGAACAACAUCACGCAGCUGUGGCGGAUUGUGUCUGCCUUCCCCCAGCUCACAGACCUUACGAUGAUGCAUCUUGAGUUCGAUCAGCGAGGUGCUGCCAGUUACGCGGAGACCUCCUUAUUUCGGCCACCAUCUCACAUUCGUCUUCGAAGACUUCACGUCGGCUUGGAUGAUGAACCCAUGGUGAUGUUCCUUGACAGGAUGGCGCACUCAGACCUCUGCACCCCACUUGCGGAUCUGACAAUCUGGUCAAACGACCCCUCCAUGGCACUUACACCCCUUGACCAACUCCUCGAGACGGCGGGGGCAUCGUUGACCCGUUUCUGCGAGAGGUUCUAUGACGGUAAAGCCCUGACUCACGGGAAUCUGUUGCAAAACACCGCGUUGGAAUCCUUGGAGUUCAGGCUGCAACCCAUCAAACACGAGGCCAAAUACCAGGGGCCUCACGCGGCAUGGACCAAGGCAACGGAGGAGAUAUACGGCAUAUUCUCCACCGUCCAAAGUCGUCAGCUCGAGCAUAUCGAAGUUCGCGUUCGAGCCCACGUCGAUGACACCAUUCUCGAACCUGAGCAGCCCGGCGUUGUCCUCGAGAGGCUCGACUUACGGGACCUGCACGAGGUCAUGAGCCAGCCAUACUUUGACACGUUGCAGGAUGUCAAGGUGACUAUGAUGCUGUCUCCUCGAGCCAAUCAGACCAAGUCGGAUGUGGACAGCAUCGGUCAGAAGCUCCAGGCCAUGUUCCGUGGCAUAUUGCAGCCAUGGUCUGCUCGUGGCAUAGUCACUAUCACCCGGAAGAGCUACUAA